AUGACAGAACAAAGCGGCCCUACAUCUUUCGCCAAUCAUGUGGACUUCUGUACACUAGGCAUGUUCAUCCUUGAUGAUAUUGACUUCGGGGGCACUAGACCUAAUGUCAAGAAUAUCCUCGGGGGUGCAGCGUCUUUCGCGGUUGUCGGUGCUCGUCUAGUCGCUGGAAAGGAGCACUCCCACGCUGUUAGCUGGAUUGUUGAUGUUGGCUCCGACUUUCCCUCGGAGGUUUUAGAUGUCAUCAACACAUGGGGCACAGCAUGCGUGAUGAGAGAAGACAACAACCGAUUAACCACCAGGGCUUGGAAUGGCUACGGUCCCAAUGAGAAGCGGGGUGAGCACCUAACCUUCUUUCGCAUGAACUCUAGAAAGGAUACUGACGGGCUAGACUUCAAAUAUUUGACCCCUAAAUUACGACUAGAACCUUGGAUGCUAUCCGAUUCCCAGGUGUUCUCGAGGACCUUUCAUAUGGUCUGUUCAGCAGGACGUUGCGUGUCAAUUGUGCAGAAUAUACUGCAGCGGCGAGAAGAACUACGGCGAGAAGGCAAAGCACCUUCCAGCAGCCAGGCUUCGGAGAGGCCAUUCUUUGUCUGGGAACCUGUGCCUGAUCUCUGUACACCCGAAGAGCAAGAUAAAUUCUUUGUUGCAAACCGGGUAGUCGAUGUGGUAAGCCCUAAUGAACUGGAGCUAGGAAUGAUGUUUGGGCAGCCAGGGUGGAAUGAAGAGAGCGAAUUCGGGAAAGAUAUUGUCAAGCGCAUCCUUGAUUCGGGCAUUGGCCCGAACGGAAAUGGGCACUUGGUUAUUAGAGCAGGGAAAGAUGGAAGCUAUACAUUCUCAAGAGGCCAGAGGAUUUGGUUGCCCGCUUACCAUCAACCCGAUGCUUCAGCAAAUACGCCAGUCGUCGAUCCGACUGGUGCAGGUAAUUCUUUUUUGGGGGCACUGACUCAAGGGAUGGUGACUGUUGAUAGGGCCCCAGCCAAGAUUGUUGGCUCAGUGCUUGCAGGGUCUGCUGUCUGGGAAAGGGCAUUGGAAGCGUUGGGCAAGCAGAGUUAUAUACUGUCCUCUCUGAUAUUCGCCACUGUUGCUGCAGGUUUCGUUGUGGAGCAGAUUGGAGUGCCCCAUCUGUCUACGUCUACCGAGGAAAGAGAACUUUGGAACGGAACUGAAUUCACGGAACGAGUCCGUCUGUACACGCAGCGAUUGUAUCGAACACUCGAAGAGUCUCCCCGGAAGCACUUGCAGAUCAAUUGA